AUGGCCGCAAUGUUCAGGUCUAUGCCACAGGCCUUGAGGGGCUGUCUGUGCUCAUCAGGUCCUCUCUCAGCAAGAAUGUUCAGCAGAAGGGCAAAUGAGACUCGUACCCUGGCUGAUAAAGUGGCAGUGGUCACUGGCUCUACCAAUGGGAUUGGCUUUGCCAUCGCCCGGCGUCUGGCCCAGGAUGGCGCGCAUGUGGUCAUCAGCAGCCGGAAGCAAGAGAACGUGAACCAAGCGGUGGCCAUGCUGCAGGGGGAGGGGCUGAGUGUGACCGGCACUGUGUGCCAUGUGGGGAAUGCUGAGGACCGCCAGCACCUUGUGACCACAGCCCUGAAGCACUCUGGGGGCGUUGACUUCCUGGUGUGUGUGGCAGGAGUCAAUCCGCUGGUGGGAAGCACCCUAGGAGCCAGCGAACAGAUCUGGGACAAGAUCUUGGAUGUAAAUGUGAAGUCCCCAGCUCUGUUGCUAAGCCAGUUGCUGCCCCACAUGGAGAAGAGGGGGGGAGGCUCUGUUGUUCUGGUGUCCUCCGCAGUGGCUUAUGUACCAGUACCGAAACUGGGAGUCUACAAUACCAGCAAGACAGCCCUGUUGGGCCUCUGCAAGUCUCUGGCUGUGGAGCUGGCUCCAAAGGGCAUCAGAGUGAACUGCCUAGCGCCAGGGAUUAUCAAGACGGACUUCAGCCUACGGGGAAAAACAAUGCCGAACAUGCUGCCUGAGCUGAAUAAAGUCUUUGGAUUGCAGCGGUUAGGGGAGCCGGAAGAAUGUGCUGGACUUGUGUCCUUCCUAUGCUCCUCAGAUGCCAGCUACAUCACCGGGGAGAACAUCACAGUGGCUGGCUUCUCCCCUAAACUGUGAAGAGACAUCAUGGCUUUAGGGACUGGGGUUGAGGUCCUCAAGUGGAAAACAGAAGGCAUGCUGGGAAUUAUGUAGGUGAAGAGCCUUAGCAUGUGCUUGGGAUCCAGGUCAUAUUGGGAACACUUACUGAAACAUUGCAAAGGGAGG